AUGAUCAACAUUAGACAUCCUAUGAUCCACAGUAAACCGCCAAUGAUGAAGCCACUUCCGGCUAGGGACGUAAAUUCAAAGCAGAAGGAACUUACCCGUAAAAUGGAAAAUGACGCAACGAUCGCGAAAACAGCGGACCACAAUCAGAACAUCGUCGACGAGUCGGAUUUAUACUUCGAGCAACUCUGCGACAUGAUCAGUAUCCUUGAGAAGAACAUCACUGGUGAUCUACCGGAAGUCGAUGAACCCCAGUUAAAACCGGAAAAGGAUGAUUCGAGGGAAAAAGGAUCGAACAGAACCACCUACGACGAUAUAAUGUCCUUUUUGGCGAAGCUGGAAGAGGGUUCUCUGGACGAGACAAGGGCGAGCGUACCGGAAGUAGACCAAGAGGUGCUUCAAGAAAUUUUCAUGAAAUCGCAUUCGUUGAAUUAUACCAGCUGCGACGGCCUAGUCCCAAUGAAAGUCACAAAUCACGCGUUCGAAGAGGACUUAGCUACCGCUAGACUCCAGCUGGAGGAGAAAAACGCCACGAUAACGCUACUGAAGGAGCAACUGAGAUCCGAGAGGCAGCUAGCCUGCGAGAAACUCGAAUCUCAGAGGCGUGGCAACCUGUCCAAGCUGCAGUCGCAGGACGAGAAGUACAAGGGCAUCGUGAAGAGGCAUCAGAAGUUCAUCGAGCAACUGAUCGAGGAGAAAACCGACCUGACCGAAAAAUGUAACUCUCUCGCGCAGAGAGUAAAGGACAUCGAGAUGAAGAUGCAGAGGGACCUUAGAGCAGCCGCUGAUAGACAUUUGGUGGAGCUACAGAGGGCCAAGGAACAUUAUGCUGCCGCUGAGAAGAUCAAAAGGGAACGAUGGGUAGAGGCCAGGACGACGAAGAUCAAGGAGAUGACCGUGAAAGGUCUGGAGCCAGAAUUAAGGAGCAUGAUGGAGCAACACGCUGAGGAGAUGCAAAGUCUUAGGAAUGCUCAUAUGAAGGAGCUGCAGGACGCAGAGCUUCGUGUGAUUCGUCGAUCGAAUCAACAGUUGGAACAAUUGCGGCUGGAACUGACCGCUAGUCAUGAAAGGAUGCUGGCUAACGAGAAGAAUAUUCUUUGGGCUAGGUACAACGAGAAGUUAGAGGAGCAGAAUGCUGAAAUCGAGACCAAGUUGCAGAGGAUGUACCAACAGUACCAAGUAUUAAUAUCUGAUCCUUCUAGGAAAGACAUAGGGAAACGUUUGACCUUCUUUCAGGAAGAGAUGCAAGCCCUGAAGCAACAUCAGUUGAACGAAAAGAGGACUUUGCAAGAGUCCCUGAAGACAGAAUGGGAAGCCUGGAUUGCUGAUUAUAAAAGGCAACAGACCUUGAAGUUCGAGAGGGCUGAGAGUAAGAUCAGGGAUGAGAGCAAUAAAGAAAGGGAUCGACAGAUUGAGCUGGCCAUAGAACGCUUGGAGAAGGACUCGAGAGAGGCACGAUUGGGUCUUCAGCAGAAUUUCGACUGCAAACUUAGGUCUUUGAAAGAGAAGUUUGACAUGGAGUUGCAAACUGCAGUCGACAAUGAACAGCUGCACAAGGACAGGCUGACGCAGGCGAAGGAUAAGCUGGACAGGAGUGAAACUCAACUGCAGAAGGUGGAGAAAAAGUUGCACCAGUGCACUAACGACUUGAACUGUGCGAAUGAGGUGAUCAAACGAUUGAGUCUGGAGAAGGACAACGCGAGGAAAUUGGCCAGACAGGAGAUCGAAGGGGAGAAGAGAGAACUGGAGGAAAAAAUUGGGUCCCUUUACCAUGAGAUCGGUCAAAAUAACGCGAGCAGGGAGGCUUCUAUGGCCCAGCUGCACAGCAGGAUAAAGCUAGUAAUGACGCAGAAAGUCCUGACGAUAAAAAAUCUCGCCAAAGAGCUCGGCGAGGUUAAAUCAAAGUGCGAACAUUUGGAAAAGUUAGUGGAUCAACAAAGGAGGGAAUAUAUUUUAAAAAGUUUGUGA